AUGGAAAUUCAAUCCUUGUUGGACGAGCUAGACAAGAACCAGACGCAAAUGAAUGACAUUCAGGCGGCCUUAGCCGAAGCGCAAACUAUUAUCUGCCAACAGCAAGACGAGUUGGCCGGAUGGCGUAUUCGUGCAGCUCAAAGUGCAACGGAUGCGGAGGCAUUCAAGAUGAAAAACAUGUUUCUUACAAAUGGGUCCAAAGCUGAAACUGCUGAGUUGCAAAGCGUCAUGUCCGCCUGUGACCAACUUGAAGAAGAAGUCAAGAAUCUGAGUGCCAAGCUCGACGAAUCGAGGAGAUCUCAAAUCAGGAUGCAGAAUGAAAACGAGUACCUCAAACGACAACUGCAAGAAGCAUCCGAGUUGGGUGCAUCAGAUCGGAUUUCUGGUCUUCAGCAGUCGGUGUCGCAUUUGCAGAUUGAUGACACGAUGAACAGCGUCGCGGUGAAUGUCGAGCGAGAGGCGAUGCAGCUUUUUAUGGCACAGAAAGAGAUGGAGCAUCAAAAAACGAUUGAGGAGUACGACGAGGAAAUAGCGCAACUGAAACAUCAGUUGGAAGAAUGGCAACUUAGAGAGGAAGAAUGGAGCCAAACAGAGCGCGAAUUAAUAGAACAAAGAGAAAUGCUCGUGCAAGAACACCAAAAGCAAUUGAAUCAACUGGAGUCCUUAGUGGAGACACAAAGAAACAUCUCACCUCCAGCAUCCGAAAGCGCUACCAGUACGACAUAUGUACGCGACAAGGACCUCGAGGAACAACUCCGGAGGUCGAACCAGGAGAGGAAUCGAUGGAAACAGUACGCAUGCAGUCUUGUGAGGGCAUUCGUGGAAAACUGCGAGGAAUUCAUCCAGAAGACAACGUACGAAGAACCCGAAUUUGUAACUGCAGCUGAACGCCGAUGGUACGACUAUUCCAUGUAUUUGUUAGAAGUUAUGUUGGACACUGCGCCUCAUCGGCUAGCGGAAAUGGAUCUCCAAUUACUAAAGCGAAGCAUGUCAGCCCGACGUCCAACUGUAACGACCGCUCGUUCCGCCUCAGUGGUGAAUCCCGGUCCAGACAUCUUGUCUUUGGUGCAGCUUAGGAACGAUGCAAGGUCCCAGAAACUCACGACCAGUGAGCGAGUAGCCAGAAUAGCAGUCAGGCCACUUUUCCGGUACUCAACGACUGAACGGAACUGA